AUGAAGUUUUGGGUGGCCGAAAUCCACGAAAUUGUUAAAAACACCAUUCUGCAUUAUUCAGAAAUCCGUGCAAAAUGUGGAGAACUGAAUGAUGCACUGAAGCAGUUGGAUUUGACGGCGACACCGCACAAAAUUCGUUCUACACCAAGCAAGCGUCGCAGCUUUAUUGAUAUGCUCGAAUUACGCGACAAAUUACUGCUGAGGCAUUCUGACAGAAAUAAAAAUGGAAGCAAUAUAUCUGUUGCCAGGUUGAUUUUAGUGUAA